GUAAAAUAUAAAUACGAAAUAUUUUUUUCCUUAUGUCUAGAUUUUUAUCAAAUACAGAAUUAGCCAGGCUGUUGACAAAAAUGGGAAGCCGAGAAACUCCAUUGGCAUUUGAAAUAUUCGCCGAAUGCCAAAUCACAAAGGCCAGAGCCGGUAGAAUGAUACUUGUUCAUCAUCACGUAAACACACCGGUAUUUAUGCCGGUGGGAACACAGGGAACGUUAAAAGGAUUGCUGCCUCAGCAAUUGGAGCAAUUGGAUUGCCAAAUCAUUCUUGGCAACACCUAUCAUCUCGGAAAUAGACCAGGUGCAGACAUUCUAUGUAAAGCUGGUGGACUGCACAAGUUUAUGAAUUGGAAAAGAGCUCUGUUAACAGAUUCGGGUGGUUUCCAAAUGGUCUCAUUGUUACAACUGGCUGAAAUAACAGAGGAAGGGGUCAAGUUCAAGUCUCCAUACAAUGAAUCAGAAUGUAUGCUGACACCUGAACAUUCAAUUCACAUUCAAAAUGCAAUUGGUGCUGACAUAAUCAUGCAGCUUGAUGACGUUGUUAAAAGUACUAUAACUGGGCUGAGAGUAGAAGAGGCGAUGCACAGGACAACGCGUUGGUUAGAUCGCUGUCUGGCGGCACACAAGCGACCAAUGGAGCAAAGCAUAUUUCCAAUUGUGCAAGGCGGUCUCGAUCCGAAAUUGCGAUCCGAGAGCGCACGUCAAGUAAUUCAACGGGAAGUGAACGGUUAUGCUGUAGGAGGCUUAAGUGGUGGCGAGAGCAAAGACGACUUUUGGAGAAUGGUGCAUCUGUCGACGGACAUACUUCCCAAAAAUAAACCGCGUUAUCUCAUGGGCGUCGGAUUCGCCGUUGAUUUGGUUGUGUGCUGCGCGCUAGGAAUCGAUAUGUACGAUUGCGUAUUUCCGACAAGGACAGCCAGGUUUGGCUGCGCGUUGACGAGAACGGGGCAACUUAAUUUGAAGAAGGCACAAUACAGCAAGGACUUGAGGCCGAUAGACGAAUCAUGCGAGUGCAGCACUUGCAAAACUCAUACGCGCGCGUAUCUGCAUCAAAUCGCUACUAUUGAAACUGUAUCUUGUCACUUAUUAACCGUUCACAACAUAGCAUUCCAAAUGCGGCUUAUGCGGGAUAUCAGAGAGAGCAUAAAAGAACGGAGAUUUCCUAAAUUUAUACAGGAUUACAUGUUGACAGCGUAUCCUAAUAAGGACUACCCAACGUGGAUAGUUAAUGCUUUAGAGGCUGUCAAUGUUAUUUUGUUGUGAAGUUAGAACUUGUACUGCGCGCAAUUAUUGUGUUAUUCUGGACCAAAGCAUAUAUUCUUCUGGACUUUUCGUUUUUAUAAUUGAGCUAUGUACAGAGAUGCUGUAUCUUAAUGCACUUUCAUAUUUAUUUUUUUAAAUUACUUUGGAACAUUACACAAUAGUGUAAACAAUUGUAACCACAUGUAUAUAGUUAAACCUAAAUUUCAGUGUUAUUCAUCUUGUUAUUAGGAGUACACAAUAAUCGUGAAUUAGAUAGCGGGAUGAAAUUUGCAUACCUCUAAA